AUGGUCCGCGAAAUCACUUCCGUCGAGGACUUUGAGCAGUUCAUCACCACAUCAAAUGGCUCCGUUAUCGCAUUGAACUUCUGGGCGCCGUGGGCCGCUCCGUGUGCGCAGAUGAACGUUGUCUUCGAGGAGUUGUCGACUAGAUACCCAAGUGUGAAGUUUGCAAAGAUCGAGGCCGAGGAGCUUGCCGACAUUUCCGAAUCCUUCGACGUAAGCGCCGUUCCGUUCUUCGUCAUCUUAAAGUCAAACAAAGUGCUCGCACGUAUCUCUGGUGGCAACGCACCCGAGCUCACUGCCGCCCUCAACCAAUAUUCCUCAGCCACCUCCCUCCCUCCAGCUCAACCUGUUGCGCCACCAGUACCAGCAUCCGCUCCUCAAGUGGAGGAGGAUCUGGAGACCCGAUUGGGCAACCUCGUCAAGGCUGCUCCCGUGAUGUUGUUCAUGAAGGGUACACCCGCUGCACCACAGUGCGGUUUCUCGAGGACUUUGGUUGGGUUGCUGAGAGAGCGCGGUGUGCGAUAUGGAUUCUUCAACAUUUUGGCGGAUGAUGAGGUCAGGCAGGGAUUGAAGGAAUACUCGGAUUGGCCAACAUUCCCGCAAGUGUACGUCAAGGGUGAGCUCGUGGGUGGAUUGGACAUCGUGAGAGAGAUGAUCGAUAACGGAGAGUGGGAUGAUGUCUUGAAGGAUGCAGGUGUCGAGGCGCCGGUUGCCUCGUCUGCCUAA